AUGUCAGCACCAAAACGCCAGAAACUCGACGAAGAAGAAAGAAACACAACUCUUCCGUCCUUGCGCAAAUCUGGGUGGACAGAAGUGGAAGGCAGAGACGCUAUUUACAAGGAAUUCCUUUUCAAAGAUUUCAACCAAGCGUUUGGAUUCAUGACACGUGUUGCUCUGCAAGCCGAGAAAAUGGAUCAUCACCCCGAAUGGUUUAACGUGUACAACAAAGUACAGAUUACACUCAGUACACAUGACUGCAGCGGCCUGUCGGAAAAUGAUGUCAAGCUGGCAAACUUCAUCGAGACUGCUGCUAACUCGAUCGCAAAGUGUGAUGGCUAA